UACGGCCCUACUUCCCCUCUCUCUCUCUGGAUCCAGCGGCCACCUUUUGCUUUUUAAUUUUGAGUUUUAUUUUUGUAAACCAACCCUUUUCUCUAUUAUUGUGAUCUUUUCUCACAUGAAUCUCUUGCCAAGUGCCAACCCAAUACCGUUUCUCGCUCGUAAUUUGUGAGUAUUUACUUGGCGUCUCUCUGUAACUCUGUAAGUAUCACACAACAUUACUGGUUUCUGGUUUGAGUUUGACGGCCAUGCUUGUUUCACUAUAUUAUACGCCCACUUGGAUCUUGCGCCUCCUUUCAUUUUCGGCCGUCAAUUGAAUUAGCGUUCAGAGUUUUGAUCAGUCACUUCUGUUUCCCUUGAGGAGUUAUAUAUACAUUCAGGUAGGGAGAGAGAUCUUUCAAGUUGGCACCUUUUUCUUUUCUUUUCUUGGUUUUUUAAAUCAAAACUCAACUACCCACUUUGAUCUUUGCCUCAAAGUUCCAGUCUUUACGCUAUAAUGAUGAUCUCCGCUGUGAGGCAGUCUGGGCCGCUAGCGAUCCGCGGCUCUGAUUUUUUCCGUCCGAAGUCGCCGGCGCCGGCGCCGAAGUUAUGCGUUCUCCCGCCGCUCCCGGCGUUGAAGCCUUGCCGGGGUUCUGUUCUCUCGUUGGCGAGGCCGGUCCAUGUUUCUUCUGUGGAGACCUUUGGGAGUUUGAAGGAGAGAUCUCGAGGCGAUGAUCACGAGAAGCGUGCGUUGGUCACGUGCAAGGCCUACGAGGCCGACCGAUCGCAGCCGAUCGAAGAACCGGCGGCCAAAUCUGAGGCUGCCCGGAAAGUGAAGAUCGGAAUCUACUUUGCGACUUGGUGGGCUUUGAAUGUGGUCUUCAAUAUAUAUAAUAAGAAGGUUCUGAAUGCUUACCCUUUUCCAUGGCUGACCUCCACGCUCUCCCUCGCUGCUGGGUCUCUGAUAAUGCUCAUUUCUUGGGCUCUGAGGAUCGCCGAGACUCCAAAGACGGAUCUUGAUUUCUGGAAGACCCUCUUCCCAGUUGCAGUUGCACACACCAUUGGACAUGUGGCUGCUACUGUGAGUAUGUCAAAGGUUGCUGUGUCUUUCACUCACAUUAUCAAGAGUGGGGAGCCGGCUUUCAGUGUUCUGGUUUCCAGGUUCAUCCUGGGAGAGAAUUUUCCGGCGGCUGUUUACUUAUCACUCGUCCCGAUUAUUGGUGGUUGCUCGCUUGCUGCCCUUACCGAGCUCAACUUCAACAUGAUUGGGUUUAUGGGUGCCAUGAUAUCGAACUUGGCGUUUGUUUUCCGUAACAUAUUUUCCAAGAAGGGCAUGAAGGGGAAGUCGGUUAGUGGGAUGAACUACUACGCUUGCUUGUCCAUGCUAUCUCUUGUUAUUCUCACCCCAUUUGCAAUUGCUGUGGAGGGACCACAAAUGUGGACUGUUGGGUUUGAGAAAGCUCUUUCCCAAAUUGGACCCAAUAUCAUAUGGUGGAUGUUGGCCCAGAGUGUGUUCUAUCACCUCUACAAUCAGGUGUCGUACAUGUCCCUGGACGAGAUCUCGCCUUUAACUUUCAGUAUUGGAAACACCAUGAAGCGUAUUUCUGUUAUUGUCUCGUCCAUCAUUAUCUUCCGGACACCAGUCCAGCCUGUCAAUGCUCUAGGAGCUGCCAUCGCUAUUCUUGGAACUUUCUUGUAUUCACAGGCAAAGCUGUGAAGAUUUGGGCAGAAGGAAGUUGGUGCAGCAGAGAGGAAGGAAUGAGAUUUUGGGGGUGGUGAUGAAGCAAGCAAGUUGCUUUGUUUGUAGAUAGCAAAUAAGGAGUUUGAGGGAAGUACUCAAACGUUAUUAUAGUGAUAGAUUGGGCAGAGUUUAUUGUAAUUUUUUUUUUGCACCUCCAGAGUUGAGAGAGAGAGAGAGAUAAGAAUGUUGAACUGUAUAAAUAAGCGAACAGAGAUGAUGAUGAGCUGUUAGGGAACUCUUUCAAAUUUGAUAAAUAGAGUAUGAUGGUUAUGAUGAUA